CUGAGCGAGCCAAGCGCGGCAGAGCCACCAAGCCGGCCGGCAGGCAGCAGGGCACUGGGCCUCGCGUUUCAACUUCUGUUCAGUUCUCCUGUAAUGGAAAAUUGCUUUGCGCAAAGCUAGAGUGUUACAGUUUUUUCCAGCACCCAUCCCCUGCCCUGCCCCACCCCUCGGCAGCCUUCAGGUCAGAAGGACGGCUUGUACCCGCCCUCGGGAAGGUAGAAGGAGGGGGAAGGAACCGUGGCUCCUUACUAUGUCCCUUGCUUCAGGCCCUGGCCCCCGGUUGUUACUCUUUUCUCUUGGAAUGGGGCUGGUAUCAGGGUCCAAGUGUCCAAAGAAUUGUGUGUGUCAAGACCAAGAAGUAUCCUGCACAGACAUGCAGCUAACGGAAUACCCACCUGACAUUCCUCUGAACACCCGGAGGCUAUUCCUCAACAAUAACAGGAUCGCUAGCUUACCAGCUUUGGAGCUAGGAUUCCUCAGCGACCUUGUGUACUUGGACUGUCAGAACAACCGGAUCCGAGAGGUGAUGGAAUACACCUUCAUUGGGGUCUUCAAACUCAUAUACCUUGACCUCAGCUCCAACAACCUAACUUCCAUCGCCCCACUCAGUUUCUCGGUGCUCAGCAACCUGGUACGGCUGAACAUUUCAAACAACCCUCACCUGUUGUAUCUUGACAAAUAUGUCUUUGCCAACAUCACCUCCUUGAUAUACCUGGACCUCAGAAACACUGGAUUGCAGACCAUCAGCCAUGAUGCCUUCCAGCACCUGGUGGUACUCAAGACCGUAUAUCUAAGUGGAAACCCCUGGAACUGCAACUGUUCUUUCCUGAGCUUCACCAUGUACUUAUUAUUGUCCCAGCUGGACCACCCAGCAAUCAGGAGACAGGUCCAGGUCAUGAAGAUUGCUACGAGUUCACGGCUAAUCUGGUCUACAUUGAAAAUUCCAGAUGAUCAGGAUGCCAUAUGUGAGGAGCCCAUGGAGCUGGCAGGGUGGCCCAUCACACGGGUGGGGAACCCACUCCAGUACAUGUGCAUCACACACCUGGACCAGCAAGACUACAUCUUUCUUCUGCUCAUCGGCUUCUGCAUCUUCGCUGCGGGCACUGUGGCUGCCUGGCUCACAGGCGUGUGUGCCGUGCUGUACCAGAAUGCCCACCGGAAGUCCAGUGGGGAUGACAUGGAGGAUGAGUAUGGGAUUAGGGUCACCCACCAGAUUUUUCGAAGCAACACUCAAUUCAACCAGGGUCGGUCCCUUAUCUGACCUAGCUGUCAGAGAUCACUACCACUUGUGCCUUCCUGGUCUGGCUCCCCUG